AUAUUUUUUGAAAAUGGAAAAAGGAGAAGAAGAAGAAGACUGGAUUCUGGUGAGGAAACCGGAUUUAUUCUCUGAAAAUGAAAUAACAGAAGAGCCUCUGAAAAUCCAUUUCAAUGAACCGGCCAAACACUGGACCGACGCACUCCCCAUUGGAAAUGGCCGGCUCGGAGCAAUGGUCUGGGGCAACAUUCUUUCAGAAACUCUCAAUCUCAACGAAGACACUCUUUGGACCGGAAUUCCGGGGAACUACACCAACCCAGAUGCUCCGGCAGCUUUAUCGGCCGUCAGAAAACUUGUCGACGAUGGAAAAUAUGCUCAAGCUACUGAUUCCGCCGUCAAAUUAUCCGGCAACCCUUCUGAUGUUUAUCAACUUCUGGGUGAUAUGAUUAUUGAAUUCGAUGAUUCUCACUCACAAUACAACAAAGAGACGUAUAUAAGGGAGCUGGAUUUGAACACGGCGAAAGUAAAAGUAACAUACUCUGUUCUCGACAAUGAAUACACUCGAGAACAUUUCAUUUCAAAUCCUGAUCAAGUCAUCGUCACAAAGAUUUCAGCAAGCAAAUCUCGAUCCAUCUCUUUUAAAGUUUCACUAAACAGCAAGAUGAUUCAUAAUAGCUCGAAUUUUCCAAUUGGGAAGAAUCGUAUUCUUCUGAAAGGUAGUUGUCCAGGUUCAAGAAAUGAACCGGAGGACAGUACUAAGGGAGGAAUUCAGUUCUCUGCUGUUCUUGAUUUGGAAAUAAGCGAUGGGUUUGGAUCCAUUUAUAUUGUGGACGACGAAAACACGAAGAAGCUGAGAGUUGAGGGUGCUGAUUGGGCUGUUAUUCGAUUGACAGCCUCUUCUUCCUUUGAAGGACCGUUUGUAAAGCCAUUGGAUUCGAAAAAGGAUCCUACUUUAGAAUCUGUUAGAACCAUGGAUUCGAUAAAGGAAUUAUCCUACAAUGAAGUUUAUGCAAGGCACUUGGAUGAUUACCAAAACCUGUUUCAUCGAGUAUCGCUUCAGCUAUGGAAAAGCGGUAAUGUUGUUAAAGAUCUUCAUGAUUCGGUUGCUAUUUCGACUUCCGAAAGAGUGAAAAGUUUUGGUGAAGAUGAAGAUCCUUCCUUAGUUGAGCUUCUUUUUCAAUAUGGUCGUUAUUUGCUCAUUUCUUGUUCAAGACGUGGAGCACAAGUUGCCAAUUUGCAGGGCAUAUGGAACAAAGACAUUCAACCACCAUGGGAUGGGGCACAACAUCUGAAUAUCAAUCUACAGAUGAAUUAUUGGCCAUCUCUGUCUUGCAAUCUUGAAGAGUGUCAAGAGCCGCUGUUUGAUUACAUAUCAUGUUUGUCGUUAAAUGGGAGUAAAACAGCGAAAGUUAACUACGAAGCAGACGGAUGGGUGGCUCACCAAGUGUCGGAUUUAUGGGCGAAAACAUCACCAGACAGUGGUUUAGCCUUAUGGGCUUUGUGGCCAAUGGGUGGGGCUUGGCUUUGUACUCAUCUAUGGGAACAUUAUUCCUUUACUAUGGACAAAGAUUUCCUUAAACAAAAGGCAUAUCCGUUGAUUAAAGGUUGUAGUUUGUUUCUAUUGGACUGGCUGAUUGAAGGGCAUGAUGGGUAUUACAACUAUCUUGAGACUAAUCCAUCAACUUCGCCUGAACAUAUGUUUACUGCUCCUGGUGGGAAGCCUGCCAGUGUUAGUUAUUCUUCAACUAUGGACAUGGCAAUCAUCAAAGAAGUCUUCUCCAUAGUUGUUAGUGCUGCUAAGAUUUUGGGUAGAAGCGAAGAUGAUGAUUUGGUAAGUAGGGUUUUGAAAGCUCAGUCGAAACUUCCACCAACAAGAAUUUCCAGAGACGGUUCCAUCAUGGAAUGGGCACUAGACUUUGAGGACCCGGAUGUGCAUCAUCGACAUGUUUCUCACUUAUUCGGCUUGUUUCCAGGGCACACGAUAACUCCAGAGAAAAAUCCUGACCUGUGUAAAGCAGCAGAAAAUACGCUCUACAAAAGAGGGGAGGAAGGGCCAGGAUGGUCAACAACAUGGAAAGCUGCUUUGUGGGCUCGCCUUCGCAACAGCGAACACGCUUAUAGAAUGGUCAAGCGAUUAUUCAUCUUGGUGGAUCCAGAAAACGAGUCUGCUUAUGAAGGAGGACUUUACAGUAACCUAUUCACAGCUCAUCCUCCCUUCCAAAUCGAUGCCAACUUUGGAUUUCCUGCAGCUGUAGCGGAAAUGCUUGUUCAGAGCACAAUGCAUGAUCUCUACUUGUUGCCUGCUCUUCCUCGUGACAAAUGGGCCAAUGGAUGCGUCAAAGGCUUGAAGGCUCGAGGAGGUGUGACCGUUAACAUAAGGUGGAACGAAGGCAAUGUUCAUCAGGUGAGAAUUUGGUCGAGAGAUUGCAAUGCCAUCCGAAGAAUUCAUUACAGAAAAAUCACAAUAACUGCCACUUUAUUGGCUGGAAGAGUUUAUACGUUUAACACGCAGUUGAAAUGUGUUGAAACCUAUAGCAUGUUGAAUUCAGAUUUCUUCUGAAGUAGAACGUAUACAAAGAACACAAAACAUGUGAUGAAAGUCGAACUACAAUAAUCGAGCCUAAGAAAUAGUUUUAACAUUUUAAGUAACAUAUGUAGUAGGCCAAGCAAUGUAUUCAAUCGGAAUGUUUGUUGAAUUGUAUAAUGAUAUAAUGUAUUCAGCCAGAGUAUUUUUUAUGCGUCCACGACAAAACAUGAAAGUCACACAUUUCUUAGGAAAAAUCAUACCAAAUUA